GCUCCACACUGCACAGACAGGGACCCUCGGUUCAAAAUGGCCCCACAACAGAGGAGCUGGACCUUCACAGAAGGCAACUUCAGGAGCUACAGAGACAGAAGGAGUUGGAACAGGAACGUGAAAGGCAAGAACGUGAACGGCAGGAACGGGAGCGCCAAGAACGGGAGCGCCAAGAACGGGAACGCCAAGAACGAGAGCGGCAAGAACGAGAACGCCAAGAACGGGAGCGCCAAGAGCGGGAGAGGCAGGAAAUGGAACGCCUGGAGCGAGAACGUCAAGAGCAGGAACAUGUGGAGCAGAGAGAAGUGCAAGAGCAAAGGGACACACUGGAGCAGAGAGAGGUUGAAGUGAUGGAGCGAGAGAGCGAGCAGUCUGAGAGAGAGCAGCUCGACUGGGAUGGAGGGAGACGCUCCUCCAACACAGCGCCCUCUGCUGCAGCUGCGGAGUACUUGUCCUCAGGCUUGACAGGAGACAUCGGCCCUGACACCCUGCCUCGAGGGCCCUCCUCAAAGCCCCAGGACUCCACCCCUGGGCCGAGUGCACCCACUCCCCCGCCACCUCCGCCCUUGCCACCCGGCUCCACUGUGACUAGCCCUGUGACUCCCACAGUUCCACCAGGACAACCUCCUCCACCACCACCUCCACCGCUGCCCCUGACCCUAACCCCAGGGGGGACUUCACUUACAUCAGGCCCCCAUCCUCCACCAGGAGCGCCACCUCCUCCCCCUGCCCCUCCUCUGCCCGCUGGGCUCUUCAGUCCAGCAGAGGACCGCCCUCUUUCAGGACUAGCUGCUGCUCUUGCUGGAGCCAAGCUGCGAAAAGUGCCACGGAGUGAUGAUCCAGCUUCAGCUUUGGUAGCCACCUUGACAGGUGCCAAAACUGAGUCAAGAGGGAAUGGGCACUUACCUGGAGGUGGCGGUCUGAUGGAAGAGAUGAGCGCCUUGCUAGCUAGAAGAAGAAGAAUUGCAGAAAAGGGCUCGUCGCCUGAACCCGACCAGAGAUCAGAUGAGGGCGACUCAAACACAACACCGAAAGUGUCUGCUUGUAGCACUCCAGAUAUGCCCAGGAAGCCAUGGGAAAGAGCAAACACCAUGAACGGUAGCAAAUCUCCAGUAAUUGGAAGACCCAAGUCCACACCCACUGCUUCCCUAAGUGCCAACGGCGUCCCAACAGAGACAGUGGAUUACGACCGACUGAAACAGGAUAUCCUGGAUGAGAUGAGAAAGGAGCUGUCUAAGCUUAAAGAAGAGCUAAUUGAUGCAAUCAGGGAGGAACUGGGCAGAUCUAGCACGGCAUAAAGAUUCAUACACAUGCUACUGUUCCUGUUGCAGCAGAGGAGGCAGAGAUAGGAGACAAGCGGGAGGAUCGAACAAGCCCCGCUGUACACCUUUUCCAUCAUGACUGCAAAGUGGCAUUGUGUGUGGCCACUGUAAAGCUUGUCUUCCUUCAAUACUAUUUAACCUGAAUAUGUUCAUCCAAGAGACAACUUAUCAGCAAACCAAGUGUAGAUCUAUGGCCAUAACAAGUAGCUCAAUAAUAAUGUUUUUUUAUUGCAGAGGAAUUCCAUACCAAGUGGACACAAUAAGUUGAGCUGUCCAAAUAGCACUCUACCAAACCUUCCUGUACUGUUGAAUAACAUUUCUGUUCCCCUCUCCUGGUCAUAUUUCAUUGUCAAGACUCAGCCACGAAGUUUCCUGAUCAGCAAUAAGUGUAGCAUUUUGUUAAGAGGGUGAGGCCUCCACACAUUGGACAUACUGCUGCAUGUUUCUCUAUCAGUCCAAGGAUCCAGAAAUAAAAGUGGAGUCAAUAUUUCAAAAGGUGCAAUGGAAAGCCCUGGCAUAACGAAGGAUUGUGCCAUUGACUUUUUCCUUUUGCUCAGUAUUCUUAUGUUUUCUUGUAUGUCCAGUCUGGAAAUGGUUCAAAAUGAUUUUUUGUAAGAGGCAAAGAAUGUCUGGAACCCAGAAAUGUGGUAGCUUUUUCACACAUCCUUUUGGGCAGCUUACACUGUAGCCACCAUGUUGGAAAGGUAUUAUACAUGUUACAAGUUAUAAAGAUCCGCUUCUAUCACUCUAGGAAAUUGGUCUGGUCAUUGUAGAUUAUCCACCUUUCCAAUUCUAUUUUGUCAUUUUAUACAAUUUAUAUUAGGCCAAAGAAGUUGGUGACUCACGUAAAUGCCUAAAAGGACUCCUAAGAAAGCCAGUUGUUUCUAUAAUCGGUUCGUAGGGCUUUCCUCCAGUCCCCAAAGUGUCAGGUCUCAAGCAGAAAAGUUAUUGUUUACCUACAUCUACAAGUAAAUACUUAAGCUACAGUUCAUCUUUAUGUGCCUCACCACUUGGUCGUUACAAAGACAAUCAAUCUGAAGUAUUUCUAUCAGUGUUAGUGGCAACAGAAGGAGCACCUUGGAAUUAGAAAGGAUCAGAAAGGAUAGAAGGAUCAAAUCAGUAUUGCAGUUCACCAGAGAUCAUGAAAAUCUUGCAUUGCAUUUUAUGUUUUGGCAGUCAUAGUAAUAUAUUGUACUGUAUUUUCUGGUUUUGGUCUAUUUUCAGGAAGAAUGACUUAUAUGAAUUAAACGGAUUGUCCUGAAAUUUAAGUGUAGGUCUAUUUAACCAGCAAUACAUGUUGCUGUUUCAUUAGAACUGCUGCUUCAACCUUUGAUAUUUUUUCCUCCAAAGGUUGAUGAGAAAGUGAAGGUCAGUAUGUCCACAUUCUAGGAAGUCAGAAAAUUAUAAAGAUGGUGCCUUGAUCUCAAGUCAUGUUUAAUAAUAUGAAAAACGUGAUACUACAUGAUAGUUCUGGGGACACACGUUUUUGUUUUUUGUUUUUAUUAUUAUCCCUCAAUUCUGUUCUCUGUCAAAUAUGUUUCAUUCAUGUCUUUGGUGUGGAGGGCACUUCUUCCAAAUACAUCCAGACCACACUGAUUUAAUGUUGCUUUUUUGUUUUAAUUGUCUUCUGCAGAAAUGAAGGAUGUUUCCAUGUUGCCUUUAUCUGAACGGUGCAGUCAGGCCCACGUAGUGUUUCCAAGCUCAUUUCUUUGACCACACUGUUCUCAUGUGAAUUAGUUUUUUCUUACAUGCUAACCUAUUUUGUUUCAGCAAGUUUAUUAAAGUUACAAUACAAACUUGUA